AUGAGGAAGCCCCUCUGGUACUUUUGUACUAACAGUCUAUAACUCUGGAGGGAAGCCAGAGGUUUCAAGUUUUAAAUUUUAUUACUCUGUUAAUUUAGUCAGCGCUUCAGAUCUGUGAAAUGUGGGACGUAUUUUCCCUGUCGAUGUUCAUGACAUCAACAAAUAAGUUGUGAUGCGUGGACUGGUGUACGGAAUCUUGUACUGUGCCCUUUGGUAUGGUAGCAUAGCAGCAGGUUUCCUGUUCAUCGCGUGUCCUCUUCUGCCCAUUCUGAUACUCAGUCCUCCGACCUUCAGAAAAUGCGGGGACUUGUUAUUUUCCUGCUGGGAACUGUAUCCUACAGCACUGCUGGAGAUGAUCGGAGUGAAAGUUGUAAUAUCUGGAGAUCACAUCCUGCCUAAUGAAUCGGCAAUAAUGGUGAUGAAUCAUCGCACGAGAGUCGACUGGAACUUCUUGUGGGCAGCGAUGUAUCAAGCCUGCAUGCCAAAUAUCGCUGCUCAUAAAUUGAAAUUUAUUUUGAAGGAUCCUAUACGUCAUAUACCUGGUCCGGGUUGGAUUAUGCAGAUGAAUGGGUUCCUUUAUAUAACACGAAGGUGGGAAGAAGAUAAAGGUCGUUUGUCACGGACACUAGACUACUUGAUAGCAUUAAAAAGACGUACGCAGCUAUUGAUAUUCCCAGAAGGAACGGAUUUAACAGCGAGCAGUAAAGAAAGAUCUGAUAGAUUUGCUAAAAAAAAUGGGCUGCCGUUGUACGAGUACACUUUACAUCCAAAGACAACCGGUUUCAGUUAUCUGGCGAGACAUCUACAGCGUACUGGAUAUCUUGAUGCUGUCUACGAUCUCACUAUCGGUUAUCCGGACUACGUGCCGCAGUCGGAAAUUGAUUUAGUCAGUGGUAAAAUGCCGAAAGAAGUGCAUUUUUACGUGACUAGAAUUCCUUCUGCUCAAGUUCCGGAUGAUGAAGAAGGUCUCAGACACUGGCUGGAAGAGCGCUGGCGACAGAAAGAAGCGAUGCUCAAGAAGUUUAACAAAAACAAGUGCUUCUGCGAAGACAACGAGGUCUGGCCGAUGCCCCAGGGUAUAGUUUUGAGCGCCGCUUUUGGAUUCUGGACACUUUUGACUGGAGUGUCCGUUGUUAUGAUCAUCACCUCGACUUUCUUUCAACUCUGGACUCUGGCGCACACUCUCUUGUUCAUCGGACUCUCGCUAUUCAGCUCGGGGUUUAAUCAGAUAGAGAUGGGCUGGUACUGGAGGUGGAAAAAUAUUUACUUACUGUCCAGAUGAAAAUUAUAAAACGUAUUGAGUAAUUUUGUUAGAUAAAAUUUUAUUUUUAAAAUAAAUGCACGUGGU